UCGCUGAACGGUAGGAAGCACUCGGGGAGUCUCUGCGGGUGAGGACAAAACCAACAGGCCGCUUCCGCUGUCGGGUCGCGCCACACCGGAGUCAGCAGUCAGACUGUCAGAGGACGGCGGACCUGGACCGACUCCGUGCGCUCUGCGCGCCGCCGGACGGAGCCCCGCGACCCCACACGGAUUUCCCGCCUCCACCUGAAUCUCAGAAGAACAAGCGGGGGCUUUUUCUGCUGAUUUGUUCUGAUAUACUUGACUCCCAGUCCGGGGGUUCAGGCUCCUAAUCCCGGACUCCCGCCCCAAUGGGAUGGUUUUAUGUCAUGAGCAGGAUGUCCAGCGCUCUGGGGUCGGCUCUAAUGGCUGUGAAAUAGCGGUGAUACACACACGUGUAUUUCGUUUAAAGUUGCCAAAUUAGAGGGGAUAGCGCUCCUGUCGACACCCCGACUCUUCCCCUCCAGACACUCCGCCAAGACACAGCGGUUCAUAUGAGCGCAGCGUUCAGCCCAUCCUUCAUGGUGAUGCAGCGGCCACUCGGAAGCACCACCGCCUUCAGCAUCGACUCUCUGAUCGGCGGGCCUCCGCAGCCCAGCCCGGGACACUUCGUCUACACGGGAUACCCCAUGUUCAUGCCCUACAGGUCGGUGGUGCUCCCGCCUCCGCCGCCGCCCCCUCCGUCCCUCUCCCAGGCCGCCCUGCAGCAGGCUCUCCCAGCCACUCACCCGCACCACCAGAUGCCCAGCCUGCAGAACGGCUUCUGCUCCAGCCUGGCGCAGGGCAUGGCGCUCACCUCCACCCUCAUGGCGUCACUGCCCGGCGGGUUCCCCGCGUCGCAGCAGUCGCAGGAGGCCGGCAGGAAGUUCGGCUCGCAGUCCCUCCACUCGGUCUUCGACAAAUCUCAGGAUAUUCGUUUGGACGGCGAGGACGGGAAGAGUUUCCUGGGGAAGGAGUCCGCGGCGCUGCAGGUCUUCCACGAGUCGGAGUCGCUGCCAUCCUCCGCAGUUCGAGCGCACGGCAAAGAGGACGGCAAGGAGGACGAGUGCCACCGGAAGGACGACAGCUACUGCAUGGACAGCGACCUGGACUACAGCUCGGACGACAACGUCACCGGCGGCUCCGCUUGCACGAAGGACGACGGCGACGGCGCCGGCGCGACGGACGACGGCGUGCACGGCUCCGCGGGCGGCGGCGGGAGCACCACGUCCACGGGCAAGAACCGGCGGCGGCGCACCGCCUUCACCAGCGAGCAGCUGCUGGAACUGGAGAAGGAGUUCCACUGCAAGAAGUACCUGUCCCUCACCGAGCGCUCCCAGAUCGCGCAUGCGCUCAAGCUGAGCGAGGUGCAGGUGAAGAUCUGGUUCCAGAACCGGCGUGCUAAGUGGAAACGCGUCAAGGCCGGAAACGUCAACAACAAGACCGGCGAGCCGUCCCGGAACCCCAAAAUCGUGGUGCCGAUCCCCGUGCACGUCAGCCGCUUUGCAAUCAGGAGUCAGCACCAACAGCUGGAGCAAGCCAGACCUUAAGAAGAAAGCGAGCGCCGAGUAAAAUAACGAAAAUUUCAAAAGGAACAAAAAAGGACCAAAAGACUCGAUAACGAGCUGUUAAUUUUUUUUUAGUUUUCUUUUUUGGAGACACCAAAAACUGCGUAAAAUAUUUGGAGUGGCGCUCCUCCUCCUCUUCCUCUAGCUUUUUAACGGGAGGAAUCAGGUUGGACGCGCGCGUGUGUGUGUGUGUGUGUGUGUGUGUUGGGGUUACUGCUCGUGCAGCGGCGAGCAGAAGGACUAAAUCACUGUAAAUACCGAGGACGGUCGUAAAAGAACUCGUCAUGGGACCAAAUUGAGGACAGUCUAUAUGAUAAACGACACCACGUGUGCUGUACAGUAUCAUCACAUCCGCAACUUAUUUUUCAAAUUGUUUAUCUUUUUUUUUUAGAUACCUGUAAGCUUAUGUGCUACUGCGGAACUUCACCUGAUUUUAUCUUAUUUUAUUGGGUGGGGCAAAGGAAAAAAAAUCUACACAUGAAACGGAAACAGGCCUCUGUCCCCUAAAAAGGAGCACGUUGAGUUUAGUCUCCGUUUGUCUCCUUCCUCAUCAGAGACAAAAAGUUCAAACGUCAACCCCCCCCCCAAAAUAUCAUGCUUUUCGGAUAUUUAUGUUGCUGCUUUGAUUUGUAUUUUUUCCUUUUUAUUUUACAGAAAACACGCUGCUAAUUUAUUUAUAAAAUUGUGCAAAAGUAACUAAAAGUAACUAACAUUCCAUGAGGUUUGAAGUCAAAUGAUAUAGUGUGCAUUAAAGCUGGAACAUGACCAGGUCU